AUGUCAGCAUAUAGUGAGGAUGUUUUAAUUGUAAAACUUAACAAGCUUGUAGACACACAAGAGUCUAUUUCGCUAUUAUCUCAAUACAUUUGGCAUCGUGAACUUCGUAAAGCAUCAUCGGCUCGAAAACUUUCGUUUAUUUAUCUUUGUAAUGAUGUUUGUCAAAAUAGUCGUAGAAAAGGACCUGAAUUUAUUCAAGCGUUUAAAAAAGUCCUUCCAGAAGCCAUCGAACAUGCAUAUCGUCAUGCAGUACCUCAUGUUCAAAACUCAAUAACAAGAGUUAUUAAUAUAUGGGAUGAGCGAGAAGUAUUUGACCAUGAUUUUAUAGAUCAAUUAAGGGAAAAUUUGACAGGACAAAAAUCAAUCACAAAAACCAAAGAAGUACAACCAGAUCAAAAUAAUGAUUUGCCACCAAAUUUUAAUCGACCAGAAUUUAUCAAAUUAGCAACAACUACCAAAUCAAUAGUUGAUUUAGAAUUAGUUAUACAUGAGUCCAGUAAUAAGGUUUCUAAGUUUUGGACAGAAGUUAUGGAGGUUGAAGAGAAACCUAGACCAUCUAUUCUUUCUAUACAUCUUGAUCAUCUUCAAAGAAUAUUGAAUGAACAUGAAAGUCAUAUUAAAAAACAAAUUAAUAAUAGAACAAAUUUUAUCAUUCAAAUGAAAGAAAUUAUUUCACAAGAAGAGACGAAAUUAAGAUUGGACAAUAAGAAUUUGACAGAUAUUCGAUCUAAAAUAGACGAAUCGAAAGAAUUAAUAGAACAAUUAAAAGCCAUCACUGUUUAUCAAAAUGAGACAACAGAGCAAAAACAUUCAAAUCAAGUCAUUAAUAGUAAUAAUGAUAGUACAAAUGACUUUAUUCAAAAAGGGGAUGAUAAUAAUAAUAAUUAUUAUUAUUUACAAAUGAAAGCCAAUAAUAAUGAGUCUUCUUCGGUUAAUAAUAUCAACAAUAUGAUGGAAUAUGAUCCAUCGCAAUUAAACCUAAACCAGACACAAUUAAAUCCAUCACAAUCAUCUGCACAACCAUUACCGCACGUAACACUUCCAACAGCCUCUCCAUUCACAGAUCAAUUAUCCACUACCACCGUUCCCACUACUUUGUCUUUAUUUUUACCAGAGCAACAGCAGCCAUCACCUUUUAUAAAUAAUCUUUUCAAUGAACCCACUAAUAAUAACAUUGACAACAACAUGAUUUUAAAUCCUAGUAAUAUUAAUUCUUUAGAUACUAAUAACAAUAUUAGUAAUGACAGCAAUGGCACUAGCGGUAAUAGUAAUGGUAAUAACAAUGUUGAUCCCGUUAACACUAAUAUCGCUAAUACUGCUAAUACCGCUAAUACUAAUAAUAUACCUGCUUCAUCUUCGAUGCCCAAUUCUCCAAUACCUUCUUCCUCAAUUACAAUUGAAGCAAACGGCGAUCCUUUGAUGCAAGAUGAAAAUGAGCAAUAG